AUGCAUCAUGAAGUAACUAAAUGUCCUUAUGUGGUUGGCAAUACGAUAGAACUACAUUUGAACACACCGCAUGAUGGGCAAACAACCAAAGCCAAAAUUAUCAAGGUCUUUGAGCCAUUCACCCUGUCCUGUGUGAUGGUUGUUCGACUAGAAUAUCCUGAUUUUGACAUGGAAGGCGACUUGGUACUGAAGCUCUUUGACCGACGCUUUGCAACACAACUUAGAGAAGAUGAGAAGAUCCACCCGUGGACAUUGGAUAUCGAAGAAAGAUAUCACCAGUUCAUUCUCGAUGACGGUGCAGAAAAAAAUAUUCAAAUGCUGAACACCAACAGCGAAAGCAGAAGUGAAGAAAGUGGCACACGCAAUGAUGCCCAAAACGAAGCCUACGCUCAUGAUCGUUCGGCAGAUUUCUACAAGUCAGAAAUUCGGGCUUACAGAACUCUAAAGGAUAUACAAGGAACCGAGGUACCUAAACAUUAUGCAUGCGUCACACUGCCUACUUCGCAUGAAGCAUCAAUGAGGCAGUAUGCCGACAUCCCAGGUAUCCUUUUACAGCACAUUGAAGGGUUCCGCUUGGUUGAUCUUGCUGCACACGCUCCGAGGGAAAGCUGGCAAUACAUCUGUGAAGACGCAAUCCGAAUUGUCAAUAUUUGCACUGACCGAGGAAUCUUGAAUCUUGAUGUCCGAACAAGAAGCUUUAUCAUAGAACGGAUCAGGGAAGACAAGUUCAAACCGGUAAUGAUCGAUUUCGCAUUAUGCAGAUUUCGAGAAGAUUUUGACAGCGAAGAAGAUUGGAGACUACGGAAGUCAGGUGCAGAUGAAGAAGGGGCAAUUGGACGCUACAUGCAAACGAUCCUACAAGGUGGAUUUGACUAUCACCACGAUGCUUAUAAUCUGAAAUUGGAUGAGGAGUUCAAGAUGGAGGGUUGA